AAAAAAAAAAAAAAAGAAACCAGUCUUUCGAGCACUAAACAAUACAUAUUGAAAAAUAUUUCGAACUAAUAUCGAAAUGAUUAACGUAAGAAAACGAUUACGCGUUAACUAUUACGUGUCAAAUUGGGAACUCAAUGAUCUCGUUCGAGUUUAUUCAGUCGAGACCAAUAAGUUCAUAACGAGUAAAUAAUAAAAUCAAAAGUAACAGGUAAUAAGGCCUAGUUAUCUAUUUACGAAUGAGUAAAUAAUAAGAGAAAAAAAAGCGAAAUGGAGACAGAAAGACAGACAGGCAGAGGAAAAGAGAGAGAGAGAGAGAGAGAGAAAAGAUAGGAAAAGGAAACAAAAAGAAAAGAAAAAGAAAAGGAAAUGAAAAAUGGAAAAAUCGAUUGGGUAUCGGUUGUCAAGCGAAGCAGGGAGAGCUAGGGCAUGAACGUAGACCCUUCUACCUCUCUCCCUCUCCUUCUCUCUCUCUCUCUCUCUCGUCCUCCUCCUGUCGAUCGUCCUUGCGUUUAGAGCCGAGCAGUACACACACACACACACGCAAUCGGUGACUCUCUUUCCAUCUUAACAUGCCGUUUUGCGUGCGAGUAUGCGUGUCUGGUGAUGAGGAGGAGGAGAAGAAGGAGGAAAAGGAGGAAAGAGGAGGUAAAGGAGGAGGAGGAGGAGGAGGAGGAGGAGGAGAAAGAGGAAGAAAAAAAGAUCGAUCCUCUCGGCCGUGGUGGAACUGCCCGUGUGUAGGAUCGACGUGCCGUGAGCGAACUCGCGGAGCGAGACCGCGAAGUAUAGAGUGGGAGAUACGAAGGUAUAAAACCGAUCUGGUGGUCUCCUGCCAGCCAGUCCAAAGGCCAGAUGCGACGGCGGCUCUAGUCGCACGCGUGCGAGAGAGACGAUCACGAAACGGCGUGCGGAACUCAUAUAUAUACAUAUAUAAAUAUAUAUAUAUACAUAUAUAUAUAUAUAUAUAUAUAUAUCUGUUUAUCUAUCUAUAUAUAGAAACACACGGAUAUAUAUAUAUAUAUAUAGAUAUAUAUAUAUAUAGAUAUAAAAAGAAAAAAAGAUUCGCACGUGAUUCGAACGCUAGGAUCAACAACCCCCGCCCCCUUCAAAACUUUAUCCUCUUUUGCAUUUUUCUUUCGUGAAUCCGUGCACGAUUUUCUAAAAAGAAACAAAGGAGAGAAACAAAAAGGGAAAUCGUAAAAAAGAAAAACAAAAAAUUAAAAAAAAGAAAAAAAAAAAAAAGCAUCCGAAAAGAUAAACCCAAGCCAAGGAGGAACUCACCUGUUGAUAUUCUACGUAGAAACACGCAAGUAGAGAGAAAGGAAUAGGACUCGUUUGUUCUGCUCUCAGCUCGUAUUAUAACCGAGGGAGAGAAAGGACGUACCGGCAGAUAUUAUCUUAUCUGUUACUCUAAUACGAGGUCAAAGUUCCUAUAUUCUUGCGAAGGGUUCUAAACUUAAGAAUCAGGCGAUUGGUUAAAGAAAGAAAGAAAGUAAGAAAGAGAGAGAGAGAGAGAGAGAGAGAGAGAGAGAGAGAGAGAAAGAUAGGAUAGUCGUCACGAAGCACGUGAUAAAUUUUUCGAAGAUGAUCUUUGUGGGGUUUCUUGUGGAAUCCAUGAUAAAUUAAAGGAACAAGAAAAGAAAUAGAGAAAUAGAGAGAGAGAGAGAGAGAGAAAUAUUAUAAAUAAAAAAUAAUUGAAACUUGGAAGAGAGCAGCAUCUAAAUAAGACAAUAAUAUUCGAUCGAUCGAAGCUAAACGAAUGAUGAAGAUCAUCGAAGAGUCAACGACCUUUACUAAUAACGAACAGGAGAAGAGUGUUCUGUCCAAUUGUUUUCACGAGGAAUCGACACCCCACGGCAUGUCAGGGAUUCAAAUAAACGUCGAAGAGGCAUCUAACGAUGGACAAAAGGACGUUGUUAGACACAUCGAGACGACGGCGGUGGCAACGGAUAGCCCGCUUUCCUGGCACAUCCCAAGGCCGUCCUUAGGAUGUCCCAAGGCUGGACGAAUCGAAAAAGAUAGCGAGAAUGGAAGCUGGGCACAUCAUCACCACCACCAUCAUCAUCAUCAUCAUUUGCAUCCUGAUUCUCCAUCGAGAGGAUCAACUUCGUCUCAGGGAUCCACCGCUAGUACACACAGCGCAGCAUCGGGAACAUUGCUUCUUACAGCCGCAAAUUUGGCCAAUCUCGCUGCGAUGCAUCCACCAACGGUAACAACGCCGAAACAGAUGGAUACAGCAUCGGUGGCAAGCAGUACGCAUUUUACGGUCGUGAACGGCCUCGGAAGACCGACCACCGUCUACAGGAAGUCCUGGUGUGCGAGGAAUCAGCUCACCGUACUUGUCUGCACGAUGAGCUUCCUCUUCAUGGUCGGCCUCCUAGCGGGGAUCCUCUUCAUGGAAAUGAGGGCCCGCGACAAGUACAAUUAGGCCGAGAUCGAGAAAUCGAGAGAAGAGAGCGAACGUGUCUUUGGUCGUCGUGAAAGCAUGCAUGCAUGCAUGCAUACAUAUAUACGUCGUGGUAAGAUCGAACUUUCAAGGAGAGAAGUAAAACAAAAAAAAAAAAGAAAAAAAGAAGAAGAAGAAGAAGAAGAGGAAGAGCAACAACAUAGAAGGAUCCUUUCGAUGAUAAUCGAAUACGACUUGCUACGAGUCACGACGAGUUACUCUGUUAACUUCGUAUUUAUAUAAGCGCGAGUCUUGUAAAUCGCGUUUUUAAUGAGUUAAGACCAUUCGCGGUAGAGAUAGAAUUUUAAGGCUGUAUUGCACCCUGUCAAAAGUGCGGUACGUGAAUUCCAGUAAUUACAUUUGUGUAAUGAGCGACCGUUUCAAGUGAGCGAACGCGGCUGAUAGCAUAACAAGAUCCUCGCGUUAUGAACACUUGUAUUAUAAUUUAUGCUGUUGACUAACGAAAACCUCUAGAUCGUCGUCCGAAUCUCAAUGUUUACGAAAUACGAUCCAGAAUUAUGUAGGACAACGAAAAAUAUCAAUUAAGAUCGUAGAUUAUUAUUUCUUUUUUCUCUCUCUCUCUCUCUCUCUCUCUUUCUUGAUUUCUAAUUGUUGAUUAACACGGUUCUCGAGCGAUUUAACGUUCACUGUAAAUCGCGUUCGAUGUCCUAACUAAAUCGACCGAUAAAGAUCGUCUUUGAUCUUUAGAAAUUUUACAGGCAGCUUAAAAAUAUCUAUAAAAUGAGACGACGACAUAGAAUAUAUUAACUAUUAGGAACCGUAAUUUAAUUUUUACUAACACGAAACGCCUAAAAUCAAACCUGGAUUAUUCCGUCGUGGUGUCGUUCCAGGAUUCAAUAUUUUGGAAAAGAAAUGAAGGGCGAUCGCGUCGAUCGCACUUCACGACUGUGAUAUUACUUGCGUAUUAAUUAAUCGUCGAUUCAACAAGAAACUGUCGAAAUCUA